AUGGAGCAAAGCCAAAGUGGAGGUUUUACGACGAGAAAUAAAUUGGGAUUGUGCUGCUCGAUAUGUACCGAAGACUAUAAUACAAUCAGAAUUCCUAAAAUCCUGACGUGCGGCCAUACUUUUUGUGAGCCUUGUUUAGAGAGGAUUAAAACUCCUCUAUCUUUGAAAUGCCCAAAUUGUAAAAAUGAGACAAACUCAGCAUCGAAGCUGACCACCAAUUAUGCUUUAAUUGAAGUAAUAGAAAAAGUCGGUACCCAAGGCUGCAUAUCCCACGAUAAAGAAAUUCUUGCUUACUGUGCUGAUGACAGCACAUCACUUUGCCUUGAAUGUAUGAUUGCUCACAAAAACCAUGAUAUUUUCUUAGUAACAGAUAACAGAGUAUCAGAAAUCACGAAUAUAAAAUUUAGCCAAUUAACGUCAUUAGAAACAGAAUUGCAUGAGCUGAUCUCGACAUGAAAAACUGCUAAGUCAGAACUUAUUUCAAUUAGACAAGGAAAUCGGCAAUUUGAAUGCCAUGUUCAAGCUUUUAAAAAAGCUGAAGCCAAAAUGAUUGACAAUAUAAAAUCAGGGACAAAAGUUUGUAUAUCGAAAAUUGAGAAAUUAGCAAAAGUCCAAGAAAUUGCAGAAUUAGAGAAAUUUAUUGAUGACGAAAUAAAAAGGCUUGAGAGUGGUUUUUCUAAUAUACAGAGAGAAAGAAAAAGAUUUUCAAAGCUAAGUAUCGAAAGCCAACUAAAUUGGAAAGAAAUUGGUUUUGAAAAGCGUGGGAUUCCUCCAAAAAUUGAUAGAGAAGAGCUCGUAGGCACUAAUAUACGCAUCAGUGAUUAUGAGCAAGCUAUUAUAAGCAGAGCUUUACCAAAUGAAUAAUAUAGCUCUUUCCCUUAAAUAGCCCGAUAGCGGGAUGAAGCCAGCCCGUUAUCGGGCUAUUCAAGGGAAAGUGCUA